AAUGUGUAGGGACUCGUGAAAAGGAACACGGCAGAAGUGGACUUUCAUACAUUUUAGACGGCUGUGUUGAAUUGUCAACGACACUCUUUUGGUAGCGUUUGUAAGACUGGAGGUGCGCCUUCAAAGGUAAUAUUAUUUUGUAUUGAAGACGUACAGCAUUUGUUCUUAUUAGUAAACCUUCCGAGCUUGCUGGUUGCUCACACUAACCGCUAACCUGAAGUCAUAGCUAUCGUUACAACCUGCCAGUGUUGCGUUUAAAAGAGUGACCGUGCGAUUUGGGGACUUUCGGCCAAUACAUCGGUGAUUGUCGUGGUUGUAGUACUCUCUGAAACACGAGAGGAAAGGCGAAUGUAACCUGAUUUAUUUUGUAUCAUAACGUUAAAAUACACUCAUAAUAUCUGUCUGUUGUGAGUUCACAGCGGCUGCUGUAACUACAGGAACCACCGGCACGAUCGUCUAAAUUUCGCAAGGUCACAUCUUAAAGCGAAACACCCGGUUCUAAUAUUGGGUCAGUGUUUGACUGUGAAACACCUGUUUAAAACACAUCGGUUGUUGAAAAGUGCUGUUACACGAUUAUUACACAGGAGGUUUUGUUGUGUUGUCACAAAGUUUAGUGAUUAAUACGACGUAAAAAGUGAAAAAAAGUGAAAUGAUAAUUUACUUUCUCUUUAAAAUCCACCAUUUUCUUAUGUUUCACUUCUCUCAUAAUGUAAGUCCAAAACACACAAUGUAAAUACAGGAAAUACUACAACCAUCUACCUCUUGAAUGUGAAGCAACCUUGCUCAUGACAAAUUGACUCACAAGAAGUGCAUAAACUCACCAAAAAGAGUAUAUUAGAAAUGUAAUGUGUUCUUUCUACUGUCUGGCCAUGUUGUUAAUUGUAUGUUUUAUUGACAUCAAUUUUGACAAAAUCAUGAACAUUUUGCCUGUGUAUUCAUUAUAUGACAUGUUUGGUUCUCUUCCCUUGUGUUUUGGUGGACUUACUGUUUUUCUGUUCAUAUUUCAGGUAAAUCAGAAUGGCUCAAGUGAUACCAGACAAGGUGAUGACAAAUAUGGCCCUAAUAAAUGAAUUGGUGGAUGUGGCAAAAGAUGCAGCACUUCUACACGGUGUACUUAUGAGGAUUAAAGAGACCCCCAACUCCUCAGAGGUAAGGGCUGAUCUCACGUGAAUUAUAUACAUUAUUAUUAAUUAUUUAUUAUUAAUGAUAUAUAUUAUUAUUAAUUAUUAUGAGAUAUUCUUUGCCUUAUUUGGUAUUCUGAGAUAGAGCACUGUCUGAUACGGGGAAGGAAAAACUUGAUCAACCAGUUAAAUUUACAGCCCAGUUCUCUGUCUUUUAUAUUUGCAACUUUAGUGACUGUGAACUGCUUGGACAACACAGAAUGUGAGCAAACAGGUUUGAGCAAUUUCACACUCUUACGCGUGUGCAAGGGAAAUGAAGUGACUGAAUUCCUCCAUAAUUGUUAAAGAAAAGAACUCUGAAGCAUCACAGCUAUUCUUGAGUACUCACUUGUGUUUUUGUGUGAUCAAGCACAAAUGAGCUUGAGCCACUUAACAGGGGAAUAGCUGGCUCCACCCUUCUACAAAAACAGACAUGUUCAAUGUUAAGCAAUGUAGGGAAUUCGCCUUGCUUAAGGGCACCAGAUGCAAGGAAGCUAUUUAUUGAGCUUUUAUUUGCAUUUGCAGGGAUCUUCUGCAGAAACCUUAAUCUACAUUCCUUACAUGCCAUGUCCAGUGAUUAUAUUUUUGGCCCUGUACAAUUACAAUAUCAGCAUUCUUACCAUCAUUUUUACAUGUUUUUCAGUUGGUGACCUACGCUCCAUUUACGCUCUUCCCCACACCUGUGCCGAAGGCCGUUUUCCUGCAGGCCCUCGCAGUGCAAACUCACUAUAACACUCUGGUGGACAAGAUCAGCCAGGAUCCAGACUUUCUACAGGAGGCUCUGGCUAGGUAUCAAAUAAGACCACAUUAAUCAUUGCAAGUGCAGAAGUGUGGAAAUGUGGCUACACUCUACAGCUUAAAAAACAGUUUGCAUGAAACUGCACACAUUUUUUUCGAGACUUAAACUAUGUGACAUUUUUUGUUUUUUAGCACUGUUGCAGUUGAUGAUUUCACAGCAAGGUUAUUCAGGAUUCACCAACAAAUCCUAAAAGAAGGGAGGUCUCAGGUAGGUCUGCACUCCCUAAAGUUGAUGAUGUUUUAAUUUUCAUUUCAGUGCAAAGGAAUUCAAAUCGGUACAUUGUGAAGUAUGCAUCAUUGUCUAGAUUAUAAAUCAAAACAAGUAAAUGCAACUUCAUCACAGCUCAUCAAAAAUACAGCAGCCAAGAACACAAUUUCAUGUAAAAAAAGUAGAAGAAAUGAUUCAGACAUUAGACAGUGUGAGUGAGCAAAACUCCGACAUUGGACAUAGAGGUCCUGCUCACCCUGUAUGGGUUUUCCAAUUUGCAUUAUCACCCACUCACUAUACACUAUUCCACCUAUCGCUGGGCUUUCUACCAAAGACAGGAAAGGGUUUGAAUAAAAUGCUGAUUUAAAAAAUGACUUUAUGGAUUUAGAAAUGAUUUAUUUAUUUAUGCAGCCUAAAAAGUCCCUCAGAUUCCAUGGCAACAGAGUCUUGUCAGAUUUCUUGAAAGAUGAUGAAUUAUCAACAUGAUCAUUUCAGUUCUGAGUUAAGUUGAAACAUUAACCUGCUGAUUUGUCACAAUCCACAUUACAAGAAACAUUUCUGUCAAAUGUAGCUGAAUAUGAAUGGCGAGAAUGUGAAUGAGACUUAUGCAGGAAUAUUGGUUUUGCCAUUGAGAAGUAAUCACUGUUGUUAUUGGAGCUCCACUGACUACAGUUUUUUAGAGGCUGAUGCUGAUACUGAUAUGAGAGAGCAGGUCAGCCAAUGACUGAUAUAUAAUGCCAAUAUCACAUGGUGUUUAUUUUUUUUUUUCAUUUGACAAAAUACAAAACACAUCUCUUCAUAAAUACUAGCGAAUUAAGAACAAAACUGCUGAACUCCAGAGAAUAUUCAAUCAGACAGACUUCAGUCAGGCAGUAUUCAAACAGCUGAGCCAUACAUGCUUAUCUGCUCUUCCAUUUCAAAGUUUUUUCUUUUUAAUUCAUAGAGGCUACACGUUUCUGGAAAGUUAAUCCAACUUCUAUGUCCAACACUGCACCAUGAAUUGAUAUUCUCCCACAAAAUAUGAAAUAAUGUAGAAGGAUCAAGACUUUUUCAUUCCUCAAUUUCCUUAUAUUGCAGUUUUUUAACAUGGAUAAGAUUUUUUGUUGUAUAUUUGUCAAAUGAACAGCUGAAGGUCAGUGAUAAAAAGACUAGAAGAAAAAGGCGGAAAUGGUUGCAGAAUGAGCUCCGUUUAUAUAGUUUUGUUAUAACCUCCCAAUUGCAACCUAACAAAUAGAAAAGUUCUGUACUUUGACCUCUGUUCUUCUCUUUUGAAACUUCUUAUAAGUGGUCCAACAGCCUCUAUUUCCACAUUUACUGUCAUAUUAACAUAUUGUGUCAUGCCAGAUACUUUUUAGUGACCUAACUUCUUCUCUGCUGUCCUGCUCCCUAUAGUCUGUUGUUUUGGGUCUCAAUCGAUCUGACUACAUGUUGGACCAGAAACAGGACGGGUCAUCAUCUUUGAAACAAAUAGAGAUCAACACCUUUGCAGCCAGUUUUGGGGGUCUCUCUUCAAGCACGCCAGAUGUACACAGGUGAGUCUAUCCAUAAGCAUAUCACUCACAAGGCUUUAUGUAUUUAUGAUUAGAUUAAUCGAGGAACUCAGUCAGUUUUCAUUUGUAUUGAGCUGUCUCAUAAUAAAAAGGAUCUUUUUAGACUCUUUAGUCUAAAAACCACUUCCAGAUGUGAUUAAAAUGAAGAUAUAACAAUCAGAGAGAGAAAUUAUAAGAUGUUUGAAAGAAAUUAAGAACUAUUAGCUUCGGUUAACUUAACUCUGACACGAUUAUUGUUCAUACUGUUUGACAGACACAUUUUGAGGGUCGCUGGAAGACUGGAGGAGAGCCAGUGCAUCCUUGACAACAACCCAGCAGCUGGUCUGGCCAGAGCUGUCGCCAAAGCCUGGGAGCUGUAUGGAUCGGAGAAGUAGGAACUAAUUACUUCCACUUUAAACUGCCUAAUUAAACCACAUGUCCUGUCUUUCAUGACACUCAAGGCCCAGUGCAAUCUGCAUAAGAUGAAGAGCUGGCUGCAGUGACUGUACUGACCAAAGUGAAUUGAGUAUAAUCAUCUUUCUAGAUGAAUAUUCAGACUCUUGCUUUCUUAUGUCAGCUGAUGACAUUAGUACCAUAACCUGGUUUAAUGUUUUUUUAAUAUCUUUUUGCGUAGGGGAUGUUUUGUCCUAAUUUGAUCGAAAAUAUAGACUUAUACUGUGUGUAAUAAUCAUAGACUGUACAUAGAAUGGAUGCCAUCUGCCUCCGAGCUGGGGAAAGCCACUCUGAGAACAGCACCCUCUGGUGACGAGCUGCAGUAUAGGUCAUAAAUCCCGCCUCCUCCAGCAAUCCUUAUGGAGCUGUGGACUAACUUUAGAAAUUAACUACACAGAAUAUAAAUUUUUCUCCCCCCUGCCUGGGAUGUUGACAUGUAGUUAUUGUAAGACUGGUUUGUGCUCAAGUCCUCUUUUUUCUGUGAAGUUCCGAUUUUAAAAGUUAUUAGGGGGUUCAUGCUUUCUUUGAUUGACACUUGAUACAGCCUAUGGGCGGACAAAGAUUGUGUAGCUCACCUGGGGGAUAUGCUGUUUGAGCCAAGUGCCAUCACAGCGACUCUCCCGCCGAAUGCGUACAACGCUACUGUGCAAAUAGUGGUUCCAGGUUCCAGGAAGUGAAUAAAAUCCCAGAAAUAUUGAGAGAAAUUCGGCUUCAAAUUCUUUUAACGAUGGAAGGUGGAACAAAGUUGUCCAUAGUAUAUACAGUCUAUGGUAGUAACCAUUUGUCACUUAUAACUACAAGUAGCAAAGUGCCAAAGAGAGUGUUUUUACAGGAGCGACUGUUUUCUUUGCAGAGCGGUUGUCAUGUUCCUGGUGGAAGAGAACCAAAGAAACAUUUUUGAUCAGCGAUACAUUGAGAGUGAACUGUGGAAGAGGUGAGCGUGAGUACAGAGCAAAACACUCUUUCAGUACACAGGCAUUUCUUUGUGUGACGCUUCAUUAACAUGAGGAAUAUUUUAGAAAUUAAAUGUAAAGCAACUGGUCUGUGCUGUGAGUAGUUUUUUUGUUUUCAGCUGAUAUUGUGAAUGUUUUUUCAGAAACAUUCGCACAAAGAGACAUCGGUUUGAUGAUGUUUGUAAAACAGGCCUCCUUGAUCAAGACAAGAGACUCUUUGUGUAAGUCUGUUCAGUUUUGUUUAAUGUAAUUCAUGAAUGGUGUUUAAUGUAUUGUUCAACGCAAAGGGGUCUGUGUCCACUAAAGAUGUAUUUUUGUGCUGCCUGUGCCUAUGGUGGCGGUGCAGGACUUCAGCACUGGCCGAGUUAAAGGGAUAUUCCUGCGUAAAUAUAAGUUAUGGUCAAACACAAUGUGACACUGAGUUAGACACCCGCUCGAGAGAUAAAUGUUGCCGACUGCUUGCUUCUCUAGUUAAACCAACUUUAAUAACAACCGCACAAUAGCAAUACACAGCAGUCUACGUCUCCACGCACAAACCCUAACCAACUCAGGGGGUCUAACUCGGUGUUAUGGUGUGUUUGACCAUAACUUAUAUUUAUGCAGGAAUAUCCCUUUAAGUGAAAUCAGUGUCAGCUGUUUUUUUGUCAGAGCUCUCAGGUAAAUAAUCUCAGCUGUUGAAACACUAGCAAAAGUGGUGAUUUUACUUCUCUGUUACUGAUCAAUCAAAAUCAAGACGGAACAAGACUCAAAUGACAGAGGUCCAUUUUGGAGAGAAACUAACCACACUUGCUAUUUUAAGGUUCAGUUUCUUCAUUGUUAAACUGACUGAAUAGUCACUACAAGAGGAAGCCAAUGUGCCAUGAGGACAACUUUUCUGUAGAGCACUAAACACUAGAGUAUGUGGCAGCAGUGGACACAGGGAGCAGUGAUUCAUACCAAGUGUAUUGACUGUGCAUUCAUGGUCUUUUUUCUAGUGGUGGUGAAGAGGUUGCAGUGGUGUACUUCAGGAACGGCUACAUGCCUCAGAACUACACAUCUGAACAGGUCUGUACUUUAAUCUGAAUUUACGGCUGUACUUGUUUUAAUAAACCAAGUACACACAAAUAGAUAUAUCUUUAUAGAGAAGGAACAGACAAGUGUUAACAUGCAUUGUGAGACGCCUGAGUUUGCAUAUCCAUUUUUAAGUAAGGAACUUGUUAAUAUUAAUUAACUGGGUUUUUUUUUUCAUUGGAAUGAAACCAGACAAACUAACAGUAAUCAGAGAACAUCAUAAGCUAGUAAUUUAAUCACAAAAUAUGAAUUUAACUGAAGCAAAUUAAAGUAGAUUGAAUAUAUCAGCUAAUCAAACCAUAAGGGGGUGUAUUUUAUUGUUCCUCGUGGUUAUACAAAUGUAAAAAUUCUAUCGUGUAAACGCUCCCUCGUAGUAUGAGUGUGUGUUGAGUGCUCUAACUCAUUCUGUCACUGUUGUAAACACAGGGUCACAUGCUCUCUGCCCACUAGUGAAGGAAAAGUAAACUUCUUUCUGCUCUGUUGCCUCUUUGUUUUGUUAGGAAUGUUGUCAAAGCAAGAGCAGGAACCUAAUGUAUAAAGUAGGCGUCCAAUCAGAAAACAGGUUGAGUAUCCAUAGCUUGCAGCCUCAUUAGAUGCAAGAGCACUGUGGUGCGGGAGGAAAGACUUUAUUCACAUUCAUAAUCCUUGUGUUUCACGUCCUUACAAUUCAAAGAUCAACUGUGGACUGAAAGCUUUUGUUUCAUGGGCUGUGUCCUGAUUUCCUGCUUGGCCUUACUCUUUGUUUAUCUGCCCCUCUGGGUGUAGCAUGCCCUGUUCCUCUUUGGCAAAGAGAGUUUUGGAUCAUGAGAACAUCCAAAUUCCCAUGUGGCUUUGCAAACGGAGGCAGCCCAAUGUGUAACAUUGCCAUGAAUGCUUGAAAGGAUAUCCAUAUCUUGGCGCAUAGCUAUUCAAAUGUGAAAAUCUCUUGUUGUUUCAAAGACACAUGUUCAGUGAUCAUUAUAGCAGGCAUCUCAGAAAGAUGUCAGAGAAAUCACAUGCCUCGUAGCUGUUCCUGAAGAGAUACUUUUCAGUCAUGUGCAAUCCAAAACGCAGAAUAGGACAGGGUAGGGUAUUAAAAAUAGGACAAAGUCCUCUACCAAGAGCAUGCACCCCCAGGCCACACAAACCUGCUUCAGUGUUGACCUUUUUUGACCCUGUGUUUUUUGUCAGAGCCUCUUUGUUAGCGCAGCUUUUGGUCAAAAUGUGGCCUCAUUCUAAAGAAUGGAGGGGAUGUGUUUUUUCACGCACAGCUCUUGUCGUGACCCCCUAUUGAGUCUGACAGUUGGGCAUGUGACAGUAUGUAGUCCUUGUGUUUUGACAGUGUUAUAGCCAGCUUGUAGUUCAGUGUUGAAUUGAAACUCUGAUUUCAAAAACAACCUCUAGAAAAAAAAUUAAAGAAAACUGUGAAGUUUUUAUUUUUCAAAUGAUGUUCAACUUUUUUAUGCAAAGGAAGAACCAGGUCUAUCUUCAUUGACCAAUCGCACACAUUACAGUUGUGAGUGAAAGUCAGUUCACCCUUUUUAAAAAAAUGUAUUUUAUUUAUUUAUUUAUUAAAAAAUUAACCUUGAUAUUUAUAGUCUCUCUGGUGAAUAGGAAAAAAAGACACUAUUAUCAGAAAUCAUUAAUGCACAGUAACUUUUUAUUUUAUAAAUAAAUUUUGUAUAGUAUGAAAUUUUGUAAUUUUGUAUUUUUUAUAAAAUACAAAAUGACAAAAAUAAAAAUCAUCUUUUUGGCAUGUGCAAGUGUCAGGGCAUCCUGAGAGCUUUAAAGUGUCUGGUCUUUAAAGAUUCUUUUUAGAAGCUCAGACUUUCACCAGCUCAUUGGUCCUGAAGCAGGUGUCAACAAUUCUCAUCAGGGAGCACCAGCUUGUGCCAAUUUAAGGGGUUUCAACUCUACAAACCUUGUGCAUUCAUCCAGCAACCAUGGGUUCCUCUAAGAAGCUGUGUAAGACAGAAAAAAUGAAAGGGGAGGGCUACAAGAAGAUAGCAAAGCGUCUCUAGCUUGCAGUUUCCACAGUGCGAGGUAUAAUUAAGAGAUGGCAGGUGAGGGGAACUGUGGAGCUCAAGAUGAGAUCUGGAAGACCAACUAAAAUCUCAGAGAGAACAGCUCGUUUGCUGGUCAGGAAAGUAAAUCAAAACCCACAUUUGACUUCAAAAGACCUGCAAGAAUAUUUAGCAGAUGCAGUAGUGGUGGUGCACCCUUCCACUCUGCGGUGAUGUGUGAACAAACAAGACCUUCAUGGAAGAGUCUGAAGUAGAAAACCUUUCCUGCGUCCUCAUCAUAAAAUACAAUGACAAAAAUAUGCAACAGAACAUCUAGAGAAGCCUGAUGACUUCUGGAAACAAGUGCUGUGGACGGAUGAAGUUAAAAUAGAACUCUUUGGCCACAAUAAGCAAAGGUAUGUUUGGAGAAAAAAAGGAACAGCUUUUCAUGAAAAGAACACCUUGCCAACUGUGAAAUAUGGGGGUGGAUCCAUCAUGCUUUGGGGUUGUGUUGCAGCUAAUGGGACAGGAAACAUUGCUCAAGUGGAGGGAAGAAUAGAUUCCAUUAAAUACCAGCAAAUUCUGGAGGCAAAUAUCACAGCAUCCGUAAAAAAGCUGAAGCUGAAAAGAGGAUGGUUUCUACAGCAGGAUAAUAAUCCUAAACAUACCUCUAAAUCCACCAUGAAUUACCUCAAGAAACGCAAGAUGAAGGUUUUGGAAUGGCCUUCACAGUCUCCAGACUUAAACAUCAUUAAAAAUCUGUGGGUUGUUCUUAAAAGAGCUUUGCAUGCAAGACGACCCAAGAAUAUUGCAGAACUGGAAGCCUUUUGCAAGGAAGAAUGGGGGAAAAUUCCAAAGGAUAGAAUCCAGAGACUUGUAGUUGGCUAUAAAAAGCAUUUACAAGCUGUGAUAUCUGCCAGAGGGAGCUUACUAAGUACUGAAGGUACUGAUGCUGAAGGGUGCCCUGACAUUUGCACAUGCCAAAAAGAUGAUUUUUAUUUUUGUAAUUUUGUACUUUUUAUAAAAUAAAAAGUAACAGUGCAUUAAUGAUUUCUGAUAAUAUUGUCUUUUUUCCUAUUUACCAGAGAGACUAUAAAUGUCAAGGUUAAUUUUUUAGUAAAUAAACUAUGCUUUUUUUAAAGGGGUGCUCUGACUUUCACUUACAACUGUAUAUGACAUCCUUUUGCAGCCUAUCUAGAACCAGUUCUGAGAGUUGUUGGCUGUAAGUUUUGUGGUACUAUCAAAAAUCUCUUCUAAGUGACUUUUUUGUGUUUUGAAACCAUAGAAUUGGGAUGCUCGACUAAUGAUGGAGCGCUCUCGAGCGGUGAAAUGUCCUGAUAUCAGCACUCACUUGGCCGGAACCAAGAAAGUGCAGCAGGUUCUCGCCAGACCUGGAGUUCUGGAGAAGUUCUUCCCUAAUCAGCCAGAGGCAGUGGAGCUGAUCAGAGCAACAUUUGCUGGCCUCUACACUCUAGACAUGGUGAGAAAACAACACAAACGACAGUUAUUAUUGCUGUGGUCUUACAAAUGAACACGAUUAAAAAAAAAGGAACGUUUUCUCAGCUUUAACUAGUGUGCUUGCUGGUGCUCAGAGCUGUUGCUUUCAUGUUGUAUUUGUCUGCUUUAUAUAUCUUUUGUUGUGUUUGUUGUUGUUGUUGGUGUCUAUAGGGACCAGAGGGUGACAGGACAGUAGCAAUGGCUUUGGCAGCUCCAGACCGGUUUGUCUUAAAGCCACAGCGAGAGGGAGGAGGUAUGACAGAAACAUCUGAACAGAUGCUUUUCUCCAGCACAGCAAAUCCAAAACCACAGUUUUUGAUUUUCCUCAUCAAAUCUCAGAUGUGUCAAGAAAGUUUAAAGUCUAAAAAUUUUCUUGCAAAUCACUGAGAGCAAAGUCCAAGUCAUGAAGCAGCUGUGAUUGUUGUGUUGUCAGACUUUUUAAGAAGCCAUAAUAGACAUAAGCUCAGAUUUGACAGCUGUAAGCUCUUUUUGGCAUAUUGACCACUAGUGAUGUAACAAUGCAUCGUGAGACAAAAAUCGUUAAAAACGUUAAAAAUGUUAAAAAUGUGUGAUGAUUCAACUCGCCUGAAAUGAAAAACGAUUCGCGGUGCCCUUUUCAAAUAGCAGAGGGUGCAUUCAUGUGAUCAACGUCGUUAUGUGUUCAGCAUCUUGUGUCACUCACUCAUUCAGACAGAGCGGGGGACAUAAAGGGGGCUGCAAAUGAUUUUGAAAUCGAGGAAGCACAGACCAGUCUGGGUGUGAUUAAAUGCUAUCCUGAACAGCUACCAGCGGUGGCAGCCGUGCUUCUCAGCGCAGACUUCUGUUGAAAUGCCUGUGAAAUCAACUCACUGUGUAACUCAGAAAUCUGUGAUGCUGAGGACACUGUACGCACUCUUACCAUGUGUUUACACCAAGCGCAAAUUAAAUGAUUUACUUGCUUAAUUUGUGCGUAUCUAGAAGUGCAAAUAAAUAGUAUUUACUCGCUUUAUUCAGUGAAUGAAUUGCUCUAUCAUUUGCUCCAUUUGCGCGUUAUCAGAGUGCUUAAAAGCCGUGGAUACCAGAGAGGGGGAGAGUCUCCAUCAAACAUGGUAGGAGUUAAACACGUUCUGCUGAUUGCUGCUUUGUAUUUGUUGUGGAAGGCCCACAACCGUCAGAGAUGCCGGUGCUGCCGUGUCUUGGUGCAUCAUAUUCUCUCGAGGCGCACGCAGUUCUGGGAAUUUUACCAUCUCCAAGAGCUGUGCCUGGAUGGUGCUCGUUUCCAGCUGUAUUUUCGGGUUACCCAAACCCAAUUUAUUGAUUUAUUUUUUGUUGUUUAAGAUGAAACAUAAUUUCAGUUGCACUUUAAUAAGAGGGUGUAUGCACAUUGUAUUGCACAGUUUACUCUACCUCAGAGAAAUAUAAAGAGGACUCUCUAUAAUUUGAUGAAGAUAAGAGACAAUAUAAUUCGUAGUUAUACAUCUAAAUAAUAAAUGUGUGUUUUACAUUCACUGCAUAGGUUAUUUUGAAGUUACACCCUACUUCAGAAAUCUUUUUUUUUUCCUGAGAAAUAAUUAAAGGAAUCUUUUUCAGUCAUAAUUUGUCAGCACUAAUUCUGUUAACAAAAAUCAUAAGAAAAUUGUAUUGUCAACCCAGAAUUGUAUUGAAUCGGGAGUUGGAUGUAUCGUUACAGUCGUAUUGACCACCACAUCAUUGUGGUAAUAGGAUGUCUAGAAGAAGCAGCUGAUUUAGUCCAACAACAGUAUCUCACCUCCUGUAUAACCAGUCUUGUCUAGAAACUUGCUUUUCAUGUGUGUCAGUAAGUGAAAAGUUAAUUGGUGGCCUUAAGGGGUUCUGGUGGGUGAAUUUUUAGCCUUUGAAAGAACUAGACCAGCUGCUUUCCCAACAGUUCAGUAAGGUUUGUCAAGUUAUAUCUCACAAAUAAGUGAGGUAAGUCAACUGUUGUGGGCUAAAUAAGCCUCUUGUACUUGAACAUCUGCUGUACUGGCUUACACUAUGCUUUCCCAGGUAACAACAUCUACGGAUCAGAGAUCUGCCAAGUCCUGGAAGGGGUGAAGGAGGGUUCAGAGAGAACGGCUUAUAUUCUGAUGGAUAAGAUUAAUCCAGCACCGUCACAGAACUACCUGCUGAGACGAGACGCUCCUUUAAAAAUCAGCAACUGUCUCAGUGAACUGGGGGCCUUCGGAGCUUAUGUCAGGUGUGUUAUCACUUCUCAAAAGAAGAAAGGCAUUUUGAACACGAAUUCAACAUGAAAGGAAACUGUUAAUCUUUGAACAAUUACAUAAGUACUGUAUGAUGUCUCUGUUUGUUUUCUCACAGGCAAGGUAAUGACAUGGUGAUGAACGAGUGUGUGGGUCAUCUACUGAGGACUAAGAGUUCAGAGCAUUCAGACGGCGGUGUAGCAGCAGGAGUGGCAGUGCUGGACAAUCCUCUCCUCGUCUAGUAGUACUGCCCUGCUGGUGGACAACAGUCUCAUGGAGGUGUCACUCUGAAGGCAUAUUCUUAUUCAGCUUCGACAGUACGACAAACACACCGACAGUUUAGACCCAGUCACUGCUCAAAUCAUGAAGCUUUCAUUCUUCAAAUUCCUCCUAUCAUCGUAGGUGGUGUGGUAGAAAAAUGUGUUCAUGGUAUUUCCAAUGCAGCUGCCUGUAAUAACGACAUCAGAGCUCAAAGAGGAGUUUAUUAGCACCAUGACUGACCAUGAAGUUAUAUAAUCAUACAAAAUAAGUACCAUAACAUGAUUUUUUAAUUCAAAACUUGACUGUUUUUUAUUAAACAACUUCAAAACCAACUGUUUACCUUUUGAAUAGAGAACUGAGCCAAGGCUGAUCUUUUUGGAUAUCAGUGAAACAUUUACAACUCGAUAUCGUGGGCCUGAGUUGCCAUCUUGUGACUCUUUGAUGUCACUACAACAGGUUUGACCCCUGGAUGCAGUCAAAGCUCAUGCUACUACUACUACUGACACCACAGCGUAAUCAAUCACUCCUGAGCUGUUUUUUAACAAGUGUCGCAGAAGGUUUGAUGAAAAACUUUUGUCAAGAAUCAUUGAUGGUUGCAGAAAAAUACAGAAGCAAAGUUCAAAAUUAAUAUCAAUAACUUUGCUGCUCACAGUGUAAAUGAGAAAGAAGGAAAGUUUAUUAAGUGCCCUUACACAGAUGUUUUUGCAGUUCACUCUCUUCUAUUUAACAUCUUUGAAGAUGCUCUUCAUUUGACUUGAGUCAAAUAAAGAGCUGUGCUGAACUCUACUUUUUUAUGAUUGAGAUGAGCAAAUGAAAACAUUAAUGUUAAAUGUUAUCAUACAGAGUCAAGUAUCACUGAGAGGACUCAUUUUUAUAUUGUUGGGGUCAUCUUUUAUGCUGUUAGGUUUCAGAUGAGCUCUACAAACAUAAUUUAAGUAUUCCUGAUUUGAGGUACAAAUCUCUUUUUUGCAAAAACUGAUCGGUUGCUCAGUUUAAAUGUUGCUAAAUCAACAUCAUUACUACAGAUGAUAUCAGACUUUUAGUCAAAAUGUACAUACAGAUAACAUUGUGCUCCAACUUCUUUACCCAUGUUUGCUUUACCAAACAACUGUGGUUUAAAUAAUUUUUGAAACAUUUUAUAAAUAUAUAUAUAUAAAAAUUAUCACAUGAUAAAGUUGGACAUUUAUUUUUAUAGCACAUUUCUUGUGUUUAUUUUAAUUUGAGGUGUGUGAAUUUAGGGGGAAAAUAUUCAAAAGCCAUUUAGUAAUGCAAUUUUGAGAUUUUCUGAAUUUUUUUUUUGCCCAGUGAGGUUAUAUUAAAGACUAAUAGAGAAAGUUUUAUUUCAUCACAGGAUACUUUUUUGGGAUUUAUAAUGUUAAUAAGGUAUAGAGUGUGUGAUUUUUGUUUUUAUCUUAAUAUAUAUGAUGGUAAAUGUAGAACCAAAUGUUACUGGACCAAAAAACACAUGUUGAAUUAAUAAAUAAACUCUGUUUAUGUAGCU